GGUAAAAAAAACUAAGAACAAACUAAAGGCAGUCUAGAACCUUUUAUUUUUGUCUAGCACCUUCUUUCUUCUUUGUGCUCUGCAACAAAGCUUAAAACCUCAAAAACCUUCACUCUCUCUCUCCCCUACGUCGUCGUUUCAUCGUUUUGAGGUUUCAAAUUACUCCCCCUGUGGCCCUGCCAUUGCCUCUGUUAGCCCCGCCGCACUGCCGUCUGGAGUCCGGACCCCCUUGCCUCUACUGUGAGAUAAGAGAUUGUAGGCUUGUAGAUAUUGAAGAAAACUAAGGUCCUAGUUUAGAACAAUGGCAAAGCAUCAUCCUGAUCUUAUCAUGUGCCGGAAACAGCCAGGCAUUGCAAUUGGACGGUUGUGUGAGAAAUGUGAUGGAAAAUGUGUAAUUUGUGAUUCAUAUGUCCGUCCAUGUACACUUGUCCGAGUUUGUGAUGAAUGCAAUUAUGGAUCGUUCCAAGGAAGAUGUGUUAUCUGUGGAGGUGUCGGGAUAUCAGAUGCUUAUUACUGCAAAGAAUGUACUCAACAGGAGAAGGAUAGAGAUGGGUGUCCGAAAAUUGUGAAUCUAGGAAGUGCAAAAACAGAUCUCUUCUAUGAACGGAAGAAAUAUGGUUUCAAGAAAAGAUGAUAUUACUUCUAUAAGAUUCUAUAUUGUUUCACUUUGCUUCUUUUAGACUGCCAUUUAAGACUGAAUUUACAAGUUUGUAUUAUCUGGUUACUUCUUCUGGUAUGUAGAGGAGUCACUCUGUAACUUUGCCUUAUCCAUCAAAUUAGCUGACUUGACUUGUGAA